AUGACUUUCACUCUUCGAUCCGUUCUUUUCGUAGCCGUCAUGGCUCUGAGUGCAGCUCCUGCAUCCGCCUUGACCAUCAAGCCCUCGUUUGAAAAGAUCGCUAGAGGUCGUGAUCCAUCGAAGAACCUUGGGCUUCAUAAGAGAGAUUACUCCAUCAACAUCCAAGAUGGCUCUGCCAGCGCUGCGUGCCCCACCGGCAACUGCUGCUCCCCUAUCUGCAAGAUGGACGUCAAGUUUGACGAAUGCCCUGGCGGUGUAAAGGAAUACGCCAAGACUUGCAAAGAAAACUUUGAUGACACCCCGGCUUUCGAAAGGAAGAGCUUCAGCUACAAUUGUGAUGGAUGGUCUAUCUUCUGGGAGGACGGUGCUGUGGAUGGAGGCCGCUUCAUUACUGUUGAGCAGGGAGAUACUGGAAACUUUUACCAGUUCUUUGUUGAAGGGUGUAAAGAGACAGAUCCGACGUGGGAUCCUUUCCAGUGUUCCUCUCUUGGAGGAGGCUGCACGGCCUCUGCAUCUGGGCUUGGAACGGGCCCGAAGGGGGAGUAG